UUUUUUUUUCUUUUUGUUUAAUAGCACAAGAUAUUCAAAGAACAUAUUAGGCAGAAUGCAUUCCAUGAAAGAUAAAGCUGGUCCAAAGCACAAGCCUACUGAUGUCUUUGAUUUUUCUGAUAAUUCUGAUGUCUCAAGCAUUGGCAGGCUGAGUGGAUAUGAGAAAGAUGAAGAACCUUAUGAACCCUUUGGGUCACUUUUUAUACUACAACGGCUCGAACAAUCCGGAGUAAAGUGGAGAGGAGAAGGCGUGAGGGAGGCCUCUGAUCUCUCUCCAGAGUGCCGUUCAUUCACAACUAAUCCUCCUUUACACAGCACAGCUAUAUAUGGUGAUGAAGAGGAAUUCUCCAAACACUGUGGAUUACCUGUCCCUUCUUCUCCAGGGAAAAAAGCAGAAAGGAGUGUGAACACUUCUGAAAACGAAGCAAGUGAAAAUGAAUCUGUAAAAAUUAGUGGCAAAAAGCCAAGAAAACUCAAGCCCAUUGACGAUGAGUCUGAUAGCGCUGAAGAAAGUGAUAUAAGAAGAAAAGUUAAAUCAGCGGAAAAGAUAAGUACACAACAUGAAGCUGUUCCAAGUACAGCAUCUUCAGAACUUUUAGAAAAACCAGCAGAGUCAGUCACUUCUAGGAAGAUAGGACCCCUUGGUGCCCAGACCUCUGUUGAAAAGGAGACCCUGGCAACAGAAAGUCAACAGAAAACUCAGAAAAAACAGAAGAUGUCUUAUAGCAAAGGAAAGAAAUUAAGAAGUGAAACCAUAGACUCAGAUACUUCUGACAUUGUGCAUAUUUGGUGCCUAGAAGGAAGGAAAACCAGUGACAUAAUGGAAUUGAAUAUUAUUUUGCCUGCAUUUGAGAAAACCCUGCAAGAAUAUCAGCAAAGAAUAGAGUCUAAAAUUUAUAAGAAAGCCAUCAACAAAUUUUAUUUUAAUAUUAAAGAAGAAUUCAUCAAAAUGUUUAAAGAAGAUCAGAUGUUGAAAAAUCUGAAAAGGAAGAAUGCUAAGAUGAUUUUGGAUAUCAAAAAGAAGACACAGCGUUUGAUUCAAGUCCAGGAUGAACUGCUUCGGUUAGAGCCACAGCUGAAACAACUGCAGACACAAUGUGAUGAACUUGAGAAGAGAAAGUCUUCCCUUAGGAAUGCAGCAUAUUUCCUAUCUAACUUAAAACAGCUUUAUCAAGACUAUUCUGAUGUUCAAAAGAAAGAACCAAAAGUAAAGGAAACGUAUGAUUCAUCCAGCCUUCCAGCUCUGUUAUUUAAAGCAAGAACCCCUUUGGGAGCUGAAAACCAUCUGCAAAAUAUCAACCGCCAAUUAGAGACGCUCCUUGACCAGGAAUAAGACCAGCGUGCUGAAAUUGAAAUGUGCCUAUAAAAAGAUUAGUCUCGUGCUACUGUGUUACUUUCUGUAACUGUUCUUUUAUAAGUAAAAUUGCUUUUAAAAAGUAUAGCCUAGUUACCAGAAUUUAAUAUUACUUUGUCACUCUAAUUAAAUAAAUUACUGUGAACAAUGUUAAA